AUGACUCGAACUCAAGUGCCCUACCCCUCCCCUACUACCCUGAAGAAGUUCCCUCAUGUCCAUGAUGACCCUUCAUCCAUGUCCCAUGGGCUGGACCCCUUCACUAUCACUACCUCUACUGGCUUCAUGCCCUAUGCCACUGCCCCUACAGAACUCCCCGAGGUCUUCAAGCCUCUUCAGACUCUAGUGGAACGCCUUCCUGUCGUCAAGCUCGACGGGAAGCCCGGUCUACUGGCAACGUAUGAGCUUGGGCCUGUUGUCGAGACGGAGCUCCCCGAUCUGACUGAUGAGGUCAAGAAGCUUGUUAUGUCUGAUGGCUCCCCGGACAAGUUCAACAUCGCUGCCGUCUUCCGGGACUACACUUUCGUGGCCUCGUCGUACCUGCUUGAGCCCUGCUGGGAGAACUGGAACAAGAAUGAGGACAAAGGAUACGGACUUGGUCGGGACUUCUUGCCCAAGUGUGUUGCUCGUCCUAUGUACCUGUGUGCUCAGAUUCUGGACCUUCCUCCAUUCAUGUCUUAUGCUGCCUCAUAUGCUCUCUUCAACUAUACCCUUGCAGACCACUCCAAGGGCCUGGAGGAGUACUCCAACCUGCGUUUGAUCCGUGGAUUCGAGCGUGGUCUUGACCCCAAGAGCUCCGAGGCAGGCUUCAUCCUGACCCAUGUUGAUAUGGUCAAGGAGACCGGUGCUCUCAUCAGCGGUGCUCUACGUGUGGUUGAUAACAUUGAGCAGCAUGGUCAGCGUGAGGAUAUCAACGAUGGCUUCCGCGAGAUCCUCCGCGCCAUGGAGAAAAUCGAGGCCUCUAUGGAGACCAUGUGGGCAAACUCCAAGCCAUCCGAGUACCUCUCCUUCCGUGUCUUCAUCUUCGGAAUCACCAACCAAUCUAUGUUCCCCAACGGCGUGAUCUACGAUGGCGUCGAAGACAACAAGCCUCUCCACUUCCGCGGCGAGAGUGGCGCCAACGACAGCAUCAUUCCCCUUCUCGACCACCUUUGCGAGAUCCCCAUGCCCUCAACCCCCCUAACCAAAAUCCUCCACGAGUUCCGUGCCUACCGCCCCCUUCCCCACCGUGAAUUCCUUACCUACAUUCGCGAAAAGUCCGAGGAGAUCGGCGUCCAGAAAUACGCAGUCCAAGACUCCGAGACAGCCGUUCUGUUCCUGAAGACAUUGAACCAUGUUCGCAGCUUCCGCUGGCGCCACUGGCUCUUUGCCCGCGAGUACAUCAUUCGUCGCACGCCUCACCCUACUGCUACUGGUGGAAGUCCCAUCGUUACUUGGCUUCCCAACCAGCUUUCUGCCGUCAUGGAUCUCAUGGUUACUAUCUAUGAUACCCACCUUGCGCCUAAGGAGGGUGUUACUAUUGUGGAAGGACAUGAGGAUUUGAUUGCCUCGCACCGGAAGCAGGUUGAGCCUAUGAUGGAGCUUGUGCGCGACCAGAGAGAAAAAUUGGCCAAGGAAGUUGAGCGAUGGUGCCAGGAGCGUGGUGUUUAA